AUGAUCAUUGAAAUUUUUACUUUGAUUCUUGAAGUUGAUGGUUGUUGCGAUUGGGGAUGGCGUGGAAAGAUUGGUCAGAUAAUGAAAGUGAAACCUUUAGCUGCUUUGGCCAUGAUUGAUGAAGGAGAACUCGAUUGGAAAAUUGUUGCUAUUUCUGUGGAUGCCCUCUGGGCUUCACUUGUUAAUGACAUUGAUGAUGGCACUCUUACUGCAAUAAGGGAUUGGUUUAGAGACUACAAGAUCCCAGAUGGAAAGCCUGCUAACAGAUUUGGUCUUGACAACAGGCAAGCCAACAAGGCUUAUGCGCUCAAGGUUAUAGCCGAGACAAAUGAAUCAUGGGCUAAACUUGUCAAGAGAUCUAUUCCAGCUGGAGAGUUGUCGCUUGCAUAA